GCUAUGAACCGGGCUUGUGUGCGAACGCGAACGGAUGACGUCACAGUCGAGCACGUGUAGGAGGUAAACAUUGAGUUGCCAGUUAAGGUUGAAAAUGGCCUUAGAGAUGAGGCAUCUAUUUUCCUGGGAUACUGAGUACAGUGCUGACUCAGCAGAGUUCUGCCCCAUUAGUACAUAUGAGGAUUACCUUGCAGUGGGUACAUACCAGCUGGCAGAUCCUGAGAAAGCUUUAGACACUUCAAAUGAGGGAGGUGAAGGAGAAACAGAUAGUCUAGAUGGGGCAGCAAAGGAUGUACCUAAAAAACGACUAGGCCGUCUCUACCUCAAGCAGAAGAUUGAUGAAAAAUUAUGUUUAGUUCAGCAAAUUGAUAUGCCUGCUAUUUUGGAUAUGAAGUGGUGUCAGCAUGAGAUAUCAGGAACACCAGUGCUAGCCAUUGCAAAUGCUGUUGGUCAGUUACUUCUCUAUAGACUAAUAACAGCAGGAGAGAAAUUGUGUUUGGAGUAUCACUGUAAGUUUCAAAUUGAAGAAGAAACCCUUGCUCUCUCACUAGACUGGUCAACAGGAAAAACUGUCAGUGAGAAUCCUUUAAUAUCAGUUAGUGAUUCUAAGGGAAAGAUCACCAUUUUGCAGUUGACUAAUGGAGAACUCGUUCUCCAAAAAAGAUUUUUAGCCCAUGAUUUUGAAGCUUGGAUAACAGCCUUUGACUACUGGGAUCCUAACACAGUAUUUACAGGAGGUGAUGAUUGCAAGUUCCGCAGAUUUGACAUUAGAGCUGAAUCAGCCCUACCGGUGUUUACUAGCAGAGUGCAUAGUGCAGGAGUUACAAGCAUUCAAAGUAAUUGUCACUCAGAACACCUUUUAGCAAGCGGAAGCUAUGAUGAAACUGUUAAUUUGUGGGACACAAGAAAUAUGCGAUCUCCAAGUGCUUCCACAUCUCUUGGUGGUGGUGUCUGGCGUCUUAAGUGGCAUCCUCAAGGAAAGUCAUUAUUAUUGUGUGCUUGUAUGUAUAAUGGAUUUCAUGUAAUAGACACUGAAAGUAUGGAAACUGUGGUUUCUUUUAAUGAACACCAGAGUAUAGCAUAUGGUGUUGACUGGUGGUAUACUAUGAAAGAUUCCACCCAUGUUGUUGCAUCUGCAUCAUUUUAUGACCAUCUUUUAUGUCUCUGGGAAUUUAAAAAGAAUUAAUGUGCAAGUAUUAAAAGGAAUUUUAUGCAUUAUUAUAUAAAGUGACCCUUUUAUUUUAUUUCCUCUGCAUUACUGAUACCUUUAUGUGAUUCGUAUGUAUGUAUGUAUAUAUGUGCGUGCGUGCGUGCGCGCAAUAUUUUCCAAGACCCAGGUUUACCAGUUUCUUGGUCAGUGCCUUUGUUACCCCAAAGACAAUAAAAACAAAUAACAGAUUCAUGUAGCUAAUCAAACAUGUCACAAAUGUAAAGUAAUAUAAAGAAAACAGUGAACUAGAACUGGUAUAGUAUAUAUACUGUAAGCCCCAUCCACACAAUGUCUUUGUCUCGUAUUGUGCACUCUACUGGUGCACAUGGGAUCCAGUCAAUCCGGCAGGAAGGAAAGGUGGUGCAGUGUGAUAACCUUAGCGCACAAGGAAUAUUGUCAGUCUAGAGUAGAUUUAUUUUAAAUUUUCUGCUGUGACAUCAUCGAAGGUCAUUGGCAGUGUAUUCAAAAUACAGCAAUUGGGUAGCGUUUGGUGGUGAAACCCCAAGGUAAGAAUUUUUUUUUGUUUAAUAAGGCAGUGUUUGUGGAUUUCUAGAAUGGUUAAUGAUUAGGAUAAGGUGAUGGAAGGGAUAAAGAAUGUUAAUGUUAAUGUUAAUGGUUAAAAGCAAGAUAAAUGUGCUAGACAUCUAAGGUCAUGUAGCACUAUAGUUAAGGGAUAAAGAAGAGAAGGAAAAGGUAAAGGCAAGAAGAAAAGACCAUGCAGAAUUAGCUGAGGUCCAAGGUAAGGGCAAUUCCCCACACUGGGCCUCAGUCUCUUGUCUCCUAACCCCCCCCCCCCCAUAACAAUGAGCAAGGGAUGGGGGGUGACUGGCCAUAACUAUUUAUUGAAAAUUUUCUGCCGCACCUAGCAAUAGGCCCCCCGAGGUAAAGUUUUUUGGUUCAUUAAGGCUGUUUGUGGAUUUCCAAAAUGGUUAAUGAUCAAAACAAGUGUGCCAGACAUCAAAGUUCAUAUAGAAUUACGAAAAAGUAAAAAUGAGGUACUGAUUAGGAUAAGAGGACAGAAAACAGGGAUGGAGGAGGAAAAGGAAAGGAAAAGACUCUGUAAAUCUAGUUCAGGCAAUUUUCUUUAUUUACAGAAAUUUUCUGCUGCAUCAACAUCCAAGGUCAAUAGUGGCAUAUUCAAAAUACAGUGAUAGCUUGAGGGUUGGGGGCUAAAGCCUCCAGGUAAGGAAAUGACAAAGGCCAUAUGGCUCUAUGGUUGAGUAGCAAAAAGGGUUAGGAAUAAGUUAAUUAGGAUACAGGUUGAAAAGUACUAGAGGGUAGUAUGGUAGUGAAAGAGGGGGAGCUAAUGGGGUGUGUACAAGGUAAAGGUUGUAAGAAGGGGAAGCAGUUGAGGGAGUAGGAAACAUUAUGAAAAAGUAUUGUGGAUUAAACAGAAAAAAAAAAAAUUAUUAGAAGUUGAUAAAACAAGGGGAUGAAUAAAAACUUGCCAACCAAGUUGAGGCAAGGGCCAAGGACCAAGGUAUGGGGGAUACCCUCAACAACAUGGAGUAAGGGAAUAGGAGGGUGGGUGAAUCAGGGGACUGGCUAUAAUUUCUAUUUAGGACUUUCCUGAAGCUUGACUAACAGACUCAAAGUUAAAAUUACAAAUUUAAGAAUUUAAGCUAUCCUUGUACAAGUGUUCAUUGUAAGUGCUUACUGUCCAUGGUCAAAUUUAACUUAAUCUGGUGUGCCAGAUAACUAGUGCAGAGGGAAAUGGAACAGCAUUGUUUAAAACCUAAUGGAUUUAUGUAACAAAAGGGCUCAUCGAUUCAUUCAAGUAACUAAGGUGAUAUUCUUGUAAAGCAAAGGCCAGUUAAAUUGCAAAGCAAAUUGUUGCUGUAGUAUCAGUUUUAAAAAAGACCACAGGUCUGACAUCUGAUAGAGCAAAGACAAUUGUAAUACUAAAAAAAUAGGCCAGCCAGCCUGGGUGUGCCUGUAUUCAUAAGGUGCCCACCAUUUUUUCCCUUCUCAAAAGUUUGCUAUGUAGAUGGUUACAACUGUUUCUUCAUAUUUGUUAGCUAACUGGAUAUAGAUCAAUCAAAGAAAGACGUAUGUAGAAACUUUAUAUGCCAUCUUGUACAUGGUACUUUCAACUUCAGUACAAAAUAAAAGGUGUUAACACAUUUUCCCUGGACUGGAUCAAGCUACCUUUUGUAAAUGUGUUUAACAAACUUUAUUUUACACUAAUAUGAACACACUAGGCUUUACAUGUAUCACUGGAAGUCUGUAGAGAAACUACAAUAGGUGCUUACUUUGUUUAAUAGAUAUUUACUCCACAUAUCAAAUGCAGAACACUUGACAACUUUGUACCAUAUUAAACCUUAUUCAAAAUAACAGCUAAACAAAGCCAUGUAUAAUUAAUGGUAAGACUACACAGUCAUUCAUUCACUUGGAAAAUAGCAUCUAUUUACAUAUUGUCCAACAUGUUCACAGGUGUAAGUGCUUACAAUAAAAGACAGAAGAUACCAAUAAUUGGUACACGAAAUGAAGUAUAAAAUAACUUAAAAUCUAAUAUCUUACAAUAAAAUCUUUCUUCACAGCAUGCAAGCAAGAUAAAAGAUGAAAUGGUGCCACGACUACAUCUCAGCACUCUAAUAUUUAAGAGGUUGUCUUGCAAGAAGUUUACGUGACGGAUCUGACAGAAGUAAAUUUGUACAAAAAAAAAUCACACAUUCAACCUUGCAUGGACACUACAUUGCUAAAUGUUUAACGUCUCCGGAAUUGGGAUCUUUGCCACUUCGAAGAAUACCCUGGAAAAAAAGUAAAAUUUAAUCAGAUGUGUAUCAGUACUUAUCCAUACAUAAUUGUGCUCAAAAUAUCACUUGGCAGUGCUACAAUUUCUUUACUGUUAACUGAUUAUCAAAGUUUUAGAUUGUGCAUGAGCAGUAUAGCUAUCUUAUUACCUGGUUACUUUUUUUAGAGGUGUUAAUGUACAACUGUGCAAGGAAACUUGACUAGAAUUAUUAAACUAACUUUACCCUCUUUAAUGACAAGAUCAAGCAUGGAAUCUAAGUCUCAUAAGAAGUCCAAACAUGUAACAUUAUAAUAUGUCAACCAAACUACAUUUGUUUCCAUUAUACUAACUUGUGAGAGUAUUUAUUCCUUAUGGUCUUGAGGUGUUCCUUUGGUGGCUGGCUGAUCAUCUGGUGCAAGUGAUGAACCAAAUGGUAGAUAUCUUCCAUACUGUAACC